AUGAGCAUGACCAUGCGUCCAGCCAACAGUUACACCAAAAGACUGGGACAGGACAGGACAGUACAGUUACUUGCACAACCCUACUUCCUUGAAGCAUUCGGCUACUGUCAUCGAACAGCUUCAAGGGGUAAUGUAGAUAAGGCCAUGAUUAACAGCGCUGACAGUCUGCUGGGUGGGGAGGGGCCUCUGCCCGGUGAGCACCGAAUAUCACGUGUGCUCACAGGGCAAAGGAUGUCUCCCGCCCGGAAACAGAUAUAUCACACAAGGCCACACCUUGUUCUCGUUCAUCCUUUUCGCUUAAAUAAACAAAAGAGUGACACACUGAACCUCGCUCUCGGGUCCUGGAAGGGAGGCAGACGAGGGUCUCUCCUGCAACAGGCUAUUAUCAAUACCCAGGAGGAAACUGCAUGUAAUGUAGCCCUUUAUUAUGACAAUGGGGCAGACAGCCAAGUGGUAUAUGAAUAUGACCAUGGGAAGCUGAGUUCAAAUGUGCGUGCGCUGGAGUGGUUUAUCCUCAAGGAUGUAAUUCCCAGGACCCGUGAUGGCCAUUACCAGGAUUCCCGUGGACACACCUUCCUGCAUUUGGCUGUUAUUUUAAGACACCAAAAGACAGUUGAGGUCUUGAUUGAAAUGUGCGGCGUCUAUCCUGGGGUGCUCACCCACCGAGGCCAAACAACAGACGAAUUGGCACGCCAAAAUGGUCAUAUUCAAGUUGCGGAAGCUCUCAUCCAGGCUAGGAAACGAGAUGAGACAGGAAAAAGUCAAGUGGAGUUGUAUGGAGAGCUGCUAGUUGUAAUCAGCACUGGUGAUGAUGUCAAGAAAGCAUCUGCACUAGUGAAGGCAGGUGCCCCUCUGGAGCCCACAGGGGAGUACAGUACCCACAGCCUUGUUCUCGCAAUCACAUCCAACCGGCCGAGGAUUGUCAGUUUUCUGUUAGCUGCCGGGGCGUCUGUCAACAUCACGUUUCACCGACUCAAUCUAGUGCAGGUCGCAUGGCUAUCUCCUGAUGUAACCGCUAUGGUCAGCAUGCUCAUCACCAGGCACAUGGCGAAUGUCUUGCAGGAAGAAAAAACAUACUGUGAGUCGCCAUGGAAGGCAGCAUGGCCCACUCAGUCAUCAGGCAAGCCACAGCAGCAGCAUCUCCUCACCAGCCUCAUGGUCGAAACUGCACGAGCCAACUGUACCUUGACGGCCCUCUUCCUACAGCAGGCGGGAGCACUGGCUCACGGGAACGAUGUGUGCAGCGGGAUGUCUCCCAUGGCGGCGGCAGUUCAGGAGGGACACGAGAGGUUCAUUCACUUCAUGGCCAAGACCACGGCCAGUUUUUACAUUAAGGACACUACUGGCCAACUUCCACGGGAUUUGCUCUCUCCUUCCUUUGUCCUUUGUAGAUCAGAUACAUGGGCUAUGAUUUACGAGCAAGAAAUGAGAGUGUUAAAUCAUCAAGAGGAAAAGACAAAGGACGAAGAAGAUAAAGAGCUUUUCAGGAAGAUCCAGGACCUCCAUUAUAACCUGUACCAAAGGCACCUGAUCCCUGGAGUCACCCUGCCAGAGACACCUACAUAAGAAAAGACCAUUGUAAGAAGAACGCUUCUGGUGGCGUCGCAACUUGGCCUCGUGCAGCUUCCGUUUAUUUUGAUAACGAAGGGGCUCAUUUCGGUGAACGAGGAGGCUGGUCCCAUCACAGGGACGACUGCGCUGCAUCAGGCUGCUGCUUAUGGCCACAAGAACCUGGUAGCCUUGUUACUGAACCUUGGAGCCGACCUCACCUGUAGGGACACUGGAGGACACACACCUGCACACUUGGCAGCCAUGUUUGGUUACUUGACCUACAAACAGCUGUGGUCACUUCCUCUGAGAGAAAAACUAAUUUGCAAGGCAGGGACUACACCUUCAGAUAUAUAUCGGAACUUCGGCCUUUACUUGAAGAAAUAUCGUAAGUCUGGGGAAAUAAAUGACCUUCCAGAAACAAACGACCCACUAAUGGUGUUCCAAACCCACUUUCAUUCUCUCAAGUUAUCCGAACUCACUGAAAUGACCGUAGAAGAUUCAGUGAAUUUCAGUAGUGGUGAGGCGGCUGCAGUAAAGAAAGCAGUCAUGGCCGAACUUGAGAUCAUCAAAGGAAAGGUGGCAUAAGAAAACCCAGUGUUUAAAGGAAGUCUAAAACUCCUUCAUUCUCCAAGGUUAAAAUUUACGGAGAAAUCUAAGAAUCACAAAACCAAAAAGCGAACUCGAAAACUAACAACUAAAAAUAAGGUCAACAAAUCCUCAAAAGUCAAAAUUCACGGAGCUAAUCUAAAUACAGCUUCCUUGAAGCAUUCGGCUACUGUCAUCAAACAGCUUCAAGGGGUGACUUGCAAGUUUUCUCCGGGUUCCUCUCCAGUGACAUGGCUACAAGGUGCUACCAGAGAUGACUUUCGAAACCCAACUCCCCCAAUACACAACUGUUUGCGUAAAGCCAAUCUUUAUAACUGCUGGAUAGAACACAAGUAA